CCAGGGCCGCAGCGGCGCUGUGGGGGGCAGUGGCGGUGCCUUGCCAAAGCUCAGCAAACCAGCCCGCACAGGGUACACAGGUUCGAAUCCCGCUUCUGGAACUGAGUCGCCAGUGCCGUCUGCGGCAAGGGCUGCCCCUCCAGCCUCGGCAGCUCAUCAGAUUCCACGUCCAUCUCCGCCAGCGUGCGAACCCAUUCCAACACCCAUCUGGCCACCCGCCAUCUGCGGACCAGGAAUUUGCGCACCAGGCACACACGUGUGCUUCGCCCGCAAUCGCUGCACCGCCACGCCCGACACGCCACCUAACAUGACCCGCUUCGACGACGGCAACCCUUCUGGCGCCGGAUGCCGCUUCCGCGAUGGCGACCCCUCAAACGGGAAACCGGCCGACUG